GUCUAGCGACAUAGCUACUACGCCAGCUGCUGGUCCCAUGCAUGCAUUUUUAAGCAACUCAGUUACAUGAUUUGAACUAGGCAGUCUUUUGGGAUCCCGCCUCUUUAACCUCCAGGCCGCCUACUGAUCCGAAUUUUUGUUUUUGUUUUUGUUUUUUAAGAAGAAACUUGGUAGCAUGAGGACUCCUGGAUUUGAAUGUUGCUUUCUUUAUUUGAUGUCUAGAAAACACUUUGUCUCCCUGCUCAAUAUAUACAGAACGUCUGCACUCUGACAGAAAUGGAAAGAUCUGAAAGAGCGAUAACAGGAAGGCCGAGUGUAGGUGCCGGGUCUGUAAGGGGGAAGUGAAUAGUAGAGGGCAGGUCGGGGCUAAGGGAAGAAGCACUUGACAGACCCAACAAAGUAAAGUGCUUUAUCGGAAAUGAUGUACAAAAAAGUCUUAAAAUUAAAAACAAAACAAAACACUGAGAACCAACCCAAAAAAAGAAAGAAAUGACUUUGUAUGGUUGAUCCUUCAGCACAGGAGAAAACGACGUUCUUCACCUUUAACUCCUCCCACACCUCCUUCACAAGCAAUGGAGAAAAGCUCCUAUGUUCAGACCGCAGAGAUCUCACUGUGGACGGUGGUGACCGCCCUGCAGGCGGUGGAGAAGAGGCUGGACUCCCAGGCCGCCCGGCUGCAGAGCUUGGAGGGCCGUGCCGGCACGGCAGAGAAGAAGCUGGCCGACUGCGAGAAGACGGCCAUGGAGCUGUGCAACCAGCUGGAGGGCAAGUGGGCCGUGCUGGGGACGCUGCUGCAGGAGUACGGGCUGCUGCAGAGGCGGCUGGAGAACGUGGAGAACCUGCUACGCGACAGGAACUUCUGGAUCCUGCGGCUGCCCCCAGACAGCAAGGAGGAGGCCCAGGUGUCUGGGUCACUGGAGAACGAUGACAUCGGUUUCUCUGAGCAGGAGUGGGAGAACCUGGAGGACUGGCAGAAGGAGCUGUACAGAAACGUGAUGCAGAGCAACUAUGAGACGCUGGUCUCUCUGAAGGUCCUCGGCCAGCCAGAGGGAGAAGCGGAUCUGGGCACGGAGAUGCUGGGUGACUUGGAGGAAGAAGGCCCUGCUGGCUCCCACCCAGCAGACGGGGUCAUUAUCAAGCAGGAGAUAGAGUAUGCACAGGAAGACCCUGCGGAGCUCGCUGGGGAGUUCUCAGGCAUUGUUCAAGAGCCGGCUUUCCUGAGCCCGGAGCAGGCCGAGCUCUGGGCUAGCCAGGGCUGUUCUCUCUUCUUGGAGUCAGGCCCUGGGGACGCUAACCUAGCAGAGCCCGUGGAGGGCAGUAGAGACCCCGGCAAUGGCAGAGAGCUGGGCUACUCCUCGAAGCAGAAGUCAUACAGGAAGGUCCAGCUGGGUCAGGAGCGAGGUCAAGGCCUGAGGCUGGAAAGGGACAGUCCCGGCCCUUACCAGUGUUCUGUGUGUGACGCCACCUUCCGGUACAAGCAGCAGCUGGCUGCACACCUGCAGAGCCACUCAGGGUGGGAGUCGUACCCGGUCACAGAGCCAGAAGAGAGCCCGAGACCCAGGCCGCAGCUCAAACCCCAGUCCAAGAGGGCCAAGCUACACCAGUGCAACGUGUGCCUGAGGAGCUUCAGCUGCAAGGUGAGCCUGGUGACCCACCAGCGCUGCCACCUGCAGGAGGGGCCCAGUGCUGGUCAGCGCAUCCAGGAGAGGUUCUCGCCCAACAGCCUGGUUGCCCUGCCUGGCCACAUCCCUUGGAGGAAAAGCCGGAGCUCCCUCAUCUGUGGUUACUGCGGCAAGAGCUUUAGCCACCCAUCCGACCUGGUGCGGCACCAGCGCAUCCACACGGGCGAACGGCCCUACAGCUGCACCGAGUGCGAGAAGAGCUUCAUCCAGAAGCAGCACCUCCUGCAGCACCAGAAGAUCCACCUGCGGGAGCGGGGCGGGCUGGCCCCAGAGCCCAGAAAGCCCAAUGGUUUGCUUUAAGGGUGCCGGCCCUCGCCCGUUCGGGGGGCGGAGAGGGUUGGCAUUGGUCCCCCCAAAGAGACCAUGUGCAGAGCAGGGACUGACUGCUUCCUAAAGGGAGCUGCUUCUGGUUCACCUCCCCUUGACCAAGUACCGAGCCACGCCCAGAGGCUUCCUGAAACCACACAGGAGAGGAUGCGGCCAGGCCUGGCCUCCCUGUCUUUGCCCGGCUGCUGAGGGCACUGUGUUCCGCGCACCCCUCAGUCUCCGGUUUUCCCAUCUGUGCUGACACUCGUCGGCUGGGCUUGGUGUCUAACCGUGCAGGGACUGGUGGCUGGCUCCAGGCUCGUCCCAGCGUUUCAUACCUUCCUGCAGGGUUAGGGUCUGGCCGCAGGAGUGAGCAGGUGCAUGGAAAAGUGCCGGGAAGCAUAACCCUCCAUUUCUUCUUUGUAGGUUCCUCCUUAGUAACAGGUAGAAAUAAUUUAAACAAAUGCUUACUCUGCUCUGAUGAAUCAUUUUUAGGAUUAGAUUUUAGUUGAUUUUUUUAGGAUAUAGCCCAACACUGCUUUUUAAAUUUCAAGUUGUAGAAGUUGUUCCUAACAUGGGGACUGGGCCUACCCUCUAGGAGGGACUAGUUUUUGGGGCUCUUUUAGCCCAUCCACACUUAGGCCAGAGGGCAAGGUUCAUGGUGCCGGGCUGCCCACGUGGGGCACUUGUCGGAGAAGGACCAAGCGGUAGAGAAUGGGGAGGUGGGCCCCAAAGCCCCUGCUGAGAAGAAAGAUUUCUGUACAGGAGCUGAGAGCCCCGUCGUGGGCGGGUGUUUGUGGUCUCGCCAUGCCCUCCUUCCCACCCUCGUCCUCAUUCUUGCUGUGGUUCUGUCGCCCCAGGGUGGAAAAUGACUUCGUUGCUAUGAUUGUUCAGCUUGUACCACUGGUCAUUUGAGUUCCUGUUAUAACUGUCCUCACUCGGGGUUGCUUGGAGUACACUUCCCAGAGUCAGUCUAGGGUGGACUGUCGCAGACGAGAGGCACACACGUGCUGUCUCAGGAGAGUUGGGCACCUGCCCACUGUUUGGGGGAUGGGAGUGGGUUCCUGGGUCAUAUAUUAAUGUCCCCUUGGGUGAUUUGCAGUUGCCUAGAAUAAAACCUGCUACUAGCAAAAAAAAAAGUU